GGAGUUUCAUGCCUACAUAGCACAAGGAACAGUGUGGUGUUCUGCCAGCAAAGCGUCAUAUUUCAAUCACCGCUGCCAAACGUGCCAUGCUCACCAACCGCUCCAUUGUCGCGUGCGUGUGCCUCGCCGCUGUAGCGCUUGUCCCUGGCACCCACGCCAUGAACCGAGAUCAACUCAUGAACAUGGUGGUCUCCCAGCACAAAAUGACCAAAGGAACAACCCAUGACGACAACCCCAAUGUAAACAUUACAACGACAGCUGCACCCAAUGCCACGAUCGAUGACACCCCCCGCAUCGUCAUCACUCCUGCACCUACCACAACUUUACUUGUACCCGACCAUCUAGAGGGCGAGACCCCAGAACCCACACCGAAACCUACCACCACCACGCCUACACUUACCACCACCACAUCUGAACCCACCAGUACCACCACACCUGCACCUACCACCACCAUAGCUGCACCUACCACAAUCUCCAUCGACCACCACGAAGACACUCCAGCACCAACGUUAGCCAGUGUUGCACCGACGCCAUGUCCGUUUCAAGUGAGUGUCGUGGGCGAUGCCACGUAUUGUGUGGACGCGACUCCUUGCGGAGGCGUUGGCACGGCUUGUCCGGAGGCAAAUGCGACAGCGUGGGGCGACUGUCACAGCCACCUGGCGUCGUACAGAGGCGAUCGGUGCGUCGCCCCUUGGAACUCGACGUGCGACGUCAUUCGCAGCGUCGGCGGCGUCGACCUCCGCGGGUGCACGUGGGUCCGAGUGCCCAACACCCAAAACAACAACGAACAGACGACUGGUCGGGCGUCAUCUGCUGGGACUGCCGCCGGAGGAUCGGCGCCACUCGUGUACGGCAUGUCGGGGCUGGCGCUGGUCCUGGCGGUGGUGGCGGUGGCCAUGGCUACGAUGAAGGCGCCCCAGGCGGACGAAGUGGAGUCGGUGCUGACAGUGAACGCCACGGCAGAGGAAGAGAGCAAGAGCCAAGAAGAACAAGACGACGAGGCCGCCGAAGCCGACGCCAAGCACCUGAGCCACGAUGAUGGCGCUGUCGUCGAAGUGUAGCUAUGUAGCAUAUCACAUGAACUAGUACAGGCCUCGCGCGUAGGAUCGUAGGUUGUAAGCUAACUCCAUGAACAUUGGAUUCGAUUUUGUAGGAACAAA